AUGGCACCUAAAGCACGGAUCAUUGUUUUCUAUAUUAACGAAGUUCUAAUUUACGAUGACAUGGAGUUUAAUUUUGAUACGUUUAAUAAUGAAGUGAAUAUGUUUAUGUUCUCGGUUACCUUGGAUGCUAUGAAAUACCAUACCGGUCAGGAUUUCUAUGCGGACGUUAAAACUGCUAAAGAUUCCUAUAUCGCAUUGUGGGCUACCGAUCAAACUUCAGCUUUAUUGGACCGCACAGGACAUGAUUUAACCGAAAAAGAUGUGCUCAACGACUUGGCUCUAUAUGAGUGCACCCACCAAAGUGAAUAUGAUCCGUUAAAUGUACGUAAAGAAAUGUUGUAUAGAUAUGACUUUGGCUACGUUCCAGAAAUUUUGCAGUUACUCGUCAUGGGAUUAUUUAUGAGAACUACUGCUGAGUUUGACAACGCUUAUCCUGGGAAUGAAAUGAAUGGGGUUGGUGAACAUUGUCCAUUAGUUGAAAAUAUUCAAAAGCCUAUGUACACCAGGACUGAACUCCCCAAAGCAUGGUUUUGGAAAAACAAUGUCAUGAAUAGCAAACAGCAUAAGCUUAGCUUCAGCGACAGUGUGCCUGAUGACAUAACCUCGUGGACAGUUUCAGGAUUUGCGCUUAGUCCCACACUAGGAUUAGGAAUAAUUAAACAACCACUGACGUUGGUGGUGAAGAAACCGUUGUUCUACAUUGUACUCAAUUUGCCGCAUUCCAUAAAGCGUAAUGCCGUAACUACGAUUCAGGUGACGAUUUAUAACAUUUUGGAAAAUGCGCUUAGUACAGAAGUAACACUUUUUAACAAGAAUAAUGAAAUUGAGUUCGUUGGACAGUCUUUUAAUGACACAACACGCCAGACCAAAACUGUACUCGUGCCGAAAUCUAAUGGCCACCCAAUAUUCUUUAUGAUUAUAGCAAGAAGACUAGGCGAAAUAGCAAUAAAAGUUGAAGCAAUCAAUUUACUCGCUUCUGAUACUGUCGAACGGAUGCUACAAGUAACCCCGGAAAGCCGACGUUACGAAAAUAAUGAAGACAGGUUUUUCGAUUUACAACAACAUGGUCAGAAAAGUUUUAGCAUAUAUAUUGGUAUUCCAAGGGACAUUGACGAAGGAUCUGUCAUGAUUAACUUUGCACUCAUUGCGAAAUUGUGUGACACACCAAUCAGUAAUUUGGAGUCAUUGAUUCAUCUGCCAACUGGGAACGGAGAACAAAAUAUAGCCAAGUUUGCUUCCAAUAUCGUUAUUUUAGACUACCUUUCUGAAAGUGGAAAUCCUUCCGAAGAAGUUCGGAAAAAAGCAAUUGAUUAUUUACAGAGUGGCUAUCAAAAUCAAUUGAAAUACAAGCGAUCUGACAGUUCCUUCAGCAUUUGGGGAGGUAAUGACAGCAUAGGCAGUACAUUCUUAACAGCUUUCGUAGCAAAGUCCUUUAAAAUCGCUGCCCAAUACAUUGAAGUAAAUAAAACGAUAGUUGAAGAUGCAUUUAAUUGGUUGGCUUCCAUUCAAACUGAGGAAGGCAGAUUCAAUGAGGUUGGUCGUGUUAUAAAUGCUGAGUUGCAAGGAGGGCUACGCUCGACGAACUAUGCACUUACGGCUUAUGUACUAAUUGCCUUUUUGGAAAACAAAGACAUUGCAACAACACACCAACAAAUUGUAAACAAAACAAUAGCAUUUCUGGAGACAAAUCUGUACAAGAUGACUGAUGAAUAUGAUUUAGCAUUGGCAACGUAUGCACUGUUGCUUGGUGGUCGACCGAAAAGUGAGCAUUUUCUAAAAAAACUCUUAGAAACCUCUAUAUUCUAUAGACAACAUACUGAACGAUACUGGCAACGGCCACCGGUUGAGGUUGAGAUUGCCGGAUACGCAUUACUAUCGUACACUGCUAUGCGCAAAUAUCUUGAUGGAUUUCCUAUUAUGCGAUGGUUGGUAAGAAAUCGUUCCGCCUUAGGUGGAUUUCGUGGGACCCAAGAUACAUUCGUUGGGUUGAAAGCACUUGCCAAGUUUUCAGCAGCAACCGGUAGAAAUGAUUAUAGAGCCAUUGUAACACACAAGCCAAAUGCACGUUAUACCUUCAACAUCGACAAAGAAAAUUCCAUGGUAGUUCUGAAUCAACCUAUACCGAACGAUAUUCGUAGGUUAAAUGUAGAAAUUACCGGAAUUGGAAUCGGGUUCUUCCUAGUAGCUUCUGAAUACUAUCAAAAUAUUAAUGUGUCGAAGCAAAGUUUUAAUUUGAAUGUAACAGUGCUAGAUACAACGACCAUUCAUGUGCAGCACCUGAAGAUCUGCGUCAGUUAUAUCCCAAACGAAGCGUACACCCACUCUAGUAUGGCUUUAGUUGAGGUAUUUUUCCCCAGCGGAAUGGUCGUAGAUACGGAAGGAGUGAAAGAUUUGUCUAAAAAAAUUAUGAAAACUGAAUUACGAUUCGCUGCCACCUCGGUAGUUGUUUACUAUGACAAUCUAGGACCGGAAGCGAAUUGUUUCAUAGUGACAUCCUAUCGCAAAUACAAAGUAGCAUUACAUCGACCAGCUUACGUUGUUGUCUAUGAUUAUUACGACCAAGAUAGUUUUGCCAUUGAAUCGUACGAAGGAAAAGUGAUGCAGCUCUGCGAUAUUUGUGAAGACGAAGACUGUAACACAUUGUCUUGCUGA